AUGCUCGCUGCUCGCUCUCAUCGCGUACAUCGUGUUUCCACACACUUUGAUUUUCGUCGGGAUCGAUUUUAUCCCACCCAAGCGUUCAAUUACAGACGUCAGAAUAAGUCAACCGCAGAGCAUGGAGGACUCGAGGUAAAUUCAGGUUACAGAGUUACUAUCCUCCUGUUUGCACCUGGAAAUUCCGGAGGCUCUAUUGCAGAAACGAACAUCAGUAUUCCGCUCCAGGAUACCCGUUCAUUGAAUGGUAGCACUACCCUGGUCCAUUUUUUCAUGCCCCCGUCGCGGCGACUUGGAGGAAUUAAUAUGUUCCUUGAUGCUCUUCACGUCGGUUUGACUACGCAUUGCUCUCGUGUGGAGGUAUGGUGCAGGAGCUUCAAGGUGAUUAUCGUGAAUCGCUAUGACAAAGGACGAACUCAGGUACAGCUGGGUUUAAACGAAUUGAUCGUCACAUAUGUCCAAGCGGCCCUAUCGCAUUGGACGCUAGAAAAACGUGGGUAUAUGCUAUGCCAUCCAGACGUGGCGCGUGUCUACGGUUUUCAUCGAAGUCCAAUGCUUAUUUUCGUACUCGCCCUAGAAAAAGAUAGAUAUAUCCUAUGCUCCCUGGACCCGGCAACACGUAUCAGCCUCCACAGUCGUUCGAGAAAGGGACUUUCUUCUUAUCUACUGAUCCAAUCCAACUCGGCGACGGGAGGCGUGCAAUUGCUACUGUGUUCCUCUAAUUCUCCCAACUCAGAGCGAUCUGCUACCUGUGGCCAGCAAAGUCGUCUUGUCAAUGCGCGCAAAGCCAGCACAUCUCUGGCGCCACACUGUAAGGCCUGCAGGCACAACCUGCACUGCAGUCUGGGGAGUUUAAGAGGCGUCGAUCGCCAGAGUACUCGACAUUGUACGCCUCAUCUGGAACACAUUAAAAAGCUCUGCUUUAAACGCCGCACAUGCGCCUGUGUUUCGUUUCUCUCGCAAGGUUCCCAUUCCGAACUCGACCCGAGCUUUAUCUGCAUUCGGUGGACGCCGCUUCGAAUCCACUAUCUUCAACAUCAGCAGUCUUCUAUGAUGAUUAUCCAGGACGAUGCUUCUUUCAUGGUAGCUUUCGGUGAUGACAUGUCCUCCAGUGGGAGCGGCGAGCUGGUAUAA